AUGUCGGAUAGCGAGUCUGAGGCAGAUUUCGGGCUACGCAUGCCGGAGGCUCAGAUACUUGAAGGAUCUGGGGCGUCCGUGCCCUCCGAUGAUGAGGUGUGUGACUUAGAUCGCCUAUAUCCUCGGAGCUACUACCACGUCGACGCAAAUGGGAAGCGCACGGUGGUGACCUUGCCCGAUCCGCAUCUCCUUCCCUGCGCUAUGGAGGCACUCUCUCGCGUUUUCGCAGCACCCGUCUCCCCCAAUCUCGCCACUAUCAGAACCGCUCUAGCGACACUGGAUGCGAUAGACCGUGCAAGCACGACGUGGACCUCCUUGGAUGAUUUUGUGCGGCAGGAGAUGGUCCCCGGUGGACUGCUCCGGGCAUACAGCCGCCUGCGGGAUAUGAAGAAAUACCAGCAAGAUGUCGUACGACUCACGAUGCAAACGGCUGUAGAGAUCCCACGGAUCCCUGGACGGACGAAAUGGGUGGUCGGACAUCCUCAAAGACCCGACGAGCCGGUCAACUAUUAUCCUCCCUUCAUCCACGAUGAACAUGGACAGGAACUGCCGUACGAUUGCCUGUACGUCCAGCCCACGUCGGCGGGCGAUCGUAUUGCAAGAGUCUGGCGGCCGUUAGCUGGUGGCGGGUGGAUGGAGGCGAAGCACGGUCAUCCGCACCCUGACUACAACGGGUAUCGGCUCAACCUUCACGUUGAGGGUCUGAAGCCAUGUUGGGUCCCAGAAGCAAUGUUGCCGUUGGCUCUCCAUGACCAGCCUUAUUACAUAUAA